UGAUGGAAGGAAUCCUUCAACCCUGCACGCGAUGAUACUUAAGGUGUGUCAAGUUGACCGAGCACUCUGGCCGCUAAGUGUUCCAAGUGCGCCUUCUACAAACAACAUUCAUAUAUCGGCAAGUAAAUUCUCUCGACAGAUACCUACCUACAGACCCGGUGUAACAGUUAUUUUUGCAAUUGAUUCAUUUCAUCAGAUAGCAAAUAUGUCAUCAUUCUUCAGCGGCGCGGCAAAGCUGCUGCACAGCUCCAAGCUGCCCGAAGACACAACCACACAGCAGGCGAUUGCGAUGCUACAGGACCAUGAAUUCUUCCUCCACUGUGACCCCCACAUGGCCAAGUUCCAGCCGGUAGAGACCGACACGCAUGCACCAAUCCCCGAGAGAAUCGAGGCGCUCGGCGAGACCAAGUCGUAUCAGAUCAAGGGCGAGGAGGGCCAGCUGGAACUGGUCGAGGACGUCGAUAUCAACUGCUCCAUGUUGCUGGUGUCCAUCGUCAGGUCGCAGUGUGAGAACGGUUGGCAGAAGAUCCACGAGAAGAUGAUCGGCAGGCUCAGGGAGGGUCCCCAGAAGACUCCAUGAUGGCAACCUCUGGCCCCAGUUUUGUUUCAUUUGGUUUGAUGCGUCUUGUCAAGAAGCCAUCGCUCUGUUGUGAUCGAUUACCCUGCUGUCACGACCCCCAAGGUAGUCUCUGGCAGAAUUCUUACCGUGGAAACUAGAGCUUGACCUUUUCAAGUCCUGCUCCGGCAAU